ACGCAUUUGCAACACAGAAACAAAAGUGGUUGCAGAAGCACUCAAGGCCCUAUAAGAAGCACUCAGUUCACCGCUUGGUUUGGUUAGGAAUGUUUCUCUAGUUAGUCAUUUUAAGAUUAAGGUUUUUCAUUGUUUUCCAAACAGUCAAAUGGCCCUGAAUGCUGCAAGGGUAGCUGGAAGAAGACGAACGUCAGCGACGCAGGACGACCAGCAGCAGCUCGUCUCCAGUAUCGGCUCGGCCGCCAGCAUGGUUCGCUCAGACGCUGAGAGCCUGGUGGCCUCCGAGGACGUGCCCUCGCGCCACUCGGUCGUCUCCGACCUGGAGCCCAUGUUCCGGCCGAUUCGCGUGGCUCCCUAUAUCGCCGUACACAUGACCAUAUUGGUGGGGCUGCUACUGGCCGUGCUACUGCUGCCGUUCCCGUUCUUCUGCAAGUACGACAACUGUCCCCUUCAGACGUACACACUACAGACUCUGCUCCACAUCGCCGCCUGGCUGGCCAGCGCGAUUCUGCACUACAUUCUGCACCGGCUGCACUUUGACUCGUACAUCAGCGGGUACUCGGAGUUCCACCGGGCCUCCCGCCUGCACAGGAAGUUCCCGUUCGUUGUCUAUUCAGUCGGGAACUCUCUGCUGCUGGGUCUCUGUCUGGUGCUGCGAGAGGCGCCUCCGUCACCGGGCCCCGAGCCGGACCCAUACCCCAGCCGCUGGCCGCUCUCCGCCUUCCACUACGUACAACUGCUGGUGGCUUUCGAGUUCAUUGCGCUGAUGCCCGUCCUCAUCCACUACCUGCGCAUCGUGGUGCGUUUUAACGCGGCGCGCGCCCCGCCCGACGUGGCUGACGAGGACCCCGAGCUGCGACCGACGACCAGGGCCGGCCGGCGCUCGGCCAAAGACGACGCGGCCUAUACGGUGCACCUGCUGCGCCGCCAAGCCGACUGCAUCCAGGCCCUGCGCGCACACAACACCAUGCUCGGACGGAAAAUACUGGAGCAGCACGCGCGCCUGACCACCGGCGCCACUGGAGCGGUGUGAGAGGCAGAGGGAGGGAUGGAGAGGGGGAGAGGAAGGGAGUGUGGGGAUGGCACCCUCACGGACAGGGCUCGCUAGUUGCAGUUUAUGUUCCGAGCGGCAGUGAGUGGAGCCCCGACUCUGUUGACUGGCCGGCGCGCGGGGAUGCCCUCGAUUUGUUGACACCAGCCGUCGGCCCGCCUUAGCUGAGUCUCUCGGCUGAGUCGGACCGCCGCCGCUGGUGGACGCGGCACCUCACCAGAUGCCCGCGGCGGGGGUCUGCCGUCUGUUCUCUGAGAGUCCGCGGAGUCUCAGAGAAUGUGUGGAGUCCUGCUGACUGUGUCACGCGGUACAUGAGUGCAUGUCUUUCCUGUACAGAUAGCCGGCAGCGGCGACGGAUACUGCGCGAUACAUACUACCAAACCCGAGAGCUUAGUUUUAUACGCGCCCGUUUUAUGCGCCGUCAGCCGUUUGCUCGGGUAUUGUCGGCGGGAGUUAGCGCUGGCGUGUGUAUCAUGGCGUCAUCUAUUCCAAUACCCGGGCGUCCAGCGGCUCCGCGGCUGGAGGCAGUGCGCUGGAGAUAUCCGCAUGGGUGGGCAUAUGUAUAAGGCAGAAUGUUGUUUCCUUUGUUAAUAUGCGUACCUGUUUUUUAUUGUGCUCGUAACUCGAUAUAUAUGUAGAUCUUAUUAGUUUUAUUCGAGCACUGUACCUACCUGUACAUACCGAAUAACGUGUCGCCGGUAUGAGAAUUAUACUUUUGCGUUUGGCAUGUGCCCCCAAUUGCGCUCGAGUUCCAACGUCGUAAACUGCGUGUCGUCCGUCGUAAACACGCUGUGGUAAGUUACCGCAACCAGCUGUGUGAGGCGCUGAUGCGAUAAAGCUCGAUUUUGUUUGAGAAUGUGUUCAUUUAUUAGUCUUAUGCACAUUGCACAAUGUAUUGUCAAAUAAAGCUAAUAACAUGC